AUGGAAAAGCGGGGUUGCAGCUUCCCUAAACUACAUUCCACUCAACUCAACUGACAAAUCACCAAAGCUUGUACCGUAUCCAGACUGGAAAGCCAACAUCUUACCAAAGAAGGGGGAGACUCCUGAAGAAAACCACAUUGUUUCGACAUUUAGGUUGAAAGUGGAUUCUUGCGACAGACUGUGGGUUAUGGAAACCGGCUUGGCCGACAUCCUUGGAGAACCUUCUCAGAUUUCGCCUCCUGCUAUAGUUAUUUUCGAUCUAAAAACUGAUAAAGUUAUACGACGCUACAAUUUGAAAGGAACUGACAUCAAGGGAGAUGAUUCCUUUUUCGCCAAUAUUUUAUUCUUUCGCCGACAAUAAUUCAUGGAGAAUCAAACACAACUAUUUCUAUUUCGAUCCCCUUCAUGGAGACUUGACUGUUGGAGGAGUCAACUUCCAAUGGACCGAUGGAGUAUUCGGCUUAGCUCUGGGACCACCUAACGAAAAUGGGUUCCGCACAGUAUAUUUCCACGCACUGGCUAGCACUAACGAAUUUUCAGUAAACACACAAGUGUUGAGGAACGAAAGUUUAGCUACAGAUCCACACUCAUACGAACUUUUCAAGCUUGAAGGAAAUAAAGGAGAAAAUACACAGUCUACCGCCUCAGUUUUCGAUGAGAAAACAAACGUCCUAUUUCUUACUCAGAUUCAGAAAGAUGGUGUAGCAUGUUGGAACCCGAGGAGAAAACUUGAGCCCGCCAAUGUAGGCAUAGCGGUUCACCACCAAGAAAACCUCAUAUUCACCAAUGAUAUUGCCAUUGACUCCGAUCGAAAUCUGUGGAUCCUCUCAGACAAGAUGCCUGCUUUCGUUUACAAAGGACUGGAUCCUCUAGAAAUUAACUACAGAAUUUUGAAAAUUGGCGUAGAUGAAGCUAUAAAUGGAACUCGAUGUGUUGCCUAAAUUUGAAUUGAUUUGUGAUACUUGUAGUUUUGUAGGAAAAUUUGAGAUAUUUUAUAAUUUUUAGUCCUCGACCUGUACAAAGAUUGGAAUAAUAAUAAAAUGUGUUUUUCAUU